GACCGAUCCAGGGUUUGAGGGCAACGAUUACAAGCCGUAUCACAAUCUGCCACUAAGGCAGCCCAGAGGGAGUCAGCCGUCGACGCCUGGUAGGGUUUUUUUUUGUGGUGCAAUUGAUUCUAUGCAUAAUUGCAAGGUUCAGCUGUCAGCAUAAUGUUUGAAACUACAGCAAGAAGUGUUACUUGCAGGAAAAAAGCAUGAUAGAAAUGCCUAAUGCAAGAGUCUUUCAUCUAAGUACGAAAUACCACCAAAAAACAAAAACAGUUCACACAUCCGGAACUCCGCCGCUUCACCCAGCCUCUGCGGGUUCCAAUAUGCCGUCUUUCACGCUCGCGUCCGGGCACCAGCACCAGGAGUCCUACUCCACACACCCACCUCCGGUGGUCGAGCACGUGUCCUCGGGUUUGCCCGAGGUGGAGUGGGCCAUUAAGCCGCAGAUCGUUCGGCACGGGGGUCACGGCGGGGUAACACACGUCGGCCACAUCCAGUCGCACGCGCCGCAACAACAUCAUCAUCCCGAGCAACAUUACGAUGGGAUGGCGCAACAAGCCGGGUACUACGACGUCUACAAUAUGUUGAUAGAUAAGUACGUUGGUAGCCGCAGUUGCUGUAAAAAAGUUUGAUUUAUUAUUUCUACCCCUACGAUCUUCAUCUUUGCGGUUCGGUUUCUUGACGCUUCCCACGUUUGGAAGCAGCAGACGAACUUUUUGUAGAACCAUUUUGCAUGCGUGAGAUUAGGGGUAAAAAAAGGUUUCAAAUGUAGUUCAUCAUCCUCGAAUUCGCGUCCUCGUCAGCCAGAAAAAUGGCAAUUCCAAAAUCUUCCUGUACAGGUCCCCUCCCUGUGGCAGCCGAUCCCCCGGAGCAACCAAUCCCAUGCAACCCCAACCCAUUUACACCAACCACCGCGGCGAGCACUUCUACGCGAAGCAGGAGAGUAAAAACAGCAACGCAGGGGGGCUGUAUCCGAAACUUUCCUCGCCUUCGCAGAUGAUGGAACCUGCAGGAGCGCACAUGAUGAUGCACCAACAUCCCAACGCUUACAACAAGCAGAGUACAUCAACUAGAGUCCGGCGGGAGCUGUUGCCUUUCAUUAACCGUCCGGCGUAUUAUUGCGAGCCGCCCAUCGAAAAGCUGGCGGAGCUGUCGGAAUUUGAGCUGGCGACCUUUCGGAAUUUCAAGUACGGGAAGCACGGGAUGGGGCACGUGCAGUUUCCCAUGGAGCUAGAUUUGAGAGAAAUGGACCUUGAUUCUCUCGUCGACUUCGGCACGAUGACAAUCACGGUAUAGAUUUUUACGAAGUUUUAGUUUUGUUUUUGACAAUUGGAUUAUAUGCAUGACAGAUCAUCGUCACGGUGCACUGUACGCAUGACAAAAAAUGACAGAACAAAAAAUCGAUGGCUCUAUCCAGGUCCACCAGGAAGUGUGGCGGCCGAUGAUUGACCGGGCAAAAGCCGUGCUAUCAGAUGUAAAAAUGUGUGGGUCUGGAAGGUUGGAACUUGUGAUGCUAACUUUGGACUCUAAAAAAAUCUGUAUUGCAUGACCAGCAAGAGGACUCGAGUUUGUGCUACGCGGGGAGGGCAUUUGUCAUGCGGAGUAGGCAUCAGGAAGCCCUCUGGAAAUCUAUGAUGCUAGGUCGUGCAUUACAGACAUCCUGGGUCAUGCAAAAUAUGCAUGACAAUCUCAGAAUCUUCCAGACCCAGACACUUUUGCAUUUGAUACGUGCUCGAGCGACACAACAUGCGACCCCGGUCGCACCCGAGUAGCCCCUUCGACAAAACCGAGGAUUUGAAUCACAUGCGGGUGACUCUGAUUCUCGAUUUUGAGAAAAUGGCCCCCGGCCGGGGGUUCGACGAUCCGGCGCAGCGACGGGGCAUUGCGCAGAAGUUGGAGAGUAUGACGAAGCAAACGGGGUACAAAUUUGUCAGCUUCGACGGUCACGACUGGGUUUUCAAGGUGCCGCUAGAAUAGGCGGAGAUGAUAGAAGAUGAUGUUGCAAGGGUACCCGCAAGUAAGUACUUACUACUUACAACUCGCACUCCUGCUCGUGGUCCUUACAACACGACAUCAAAUAAAGCUACAUGGAAGUAGCGAGGUGAAGUGGCGCUCCACACUGCUGAGAAGUGCUCUUUUCAGAGACCACAGGCGAACUAGUUGUGACGAGGUGGAACCACGUUUUUGACGAGGCAACUACGGACUAUAUUUGUAUUUUCACGCGAUCAUCAUCAUACAGACGAUAACUACGACAAAACUGACCAAUUUCAAUUUCAAUUCGACGAGAAU